GAGCGGCUCUCCGGAUCUCUUUCUUCUUCUUCUUCUCGUCUUUUUCUUCCUUCCACGGAGCGACUCGGGGUUUCUUCGGGGGGGAAUCGUUCCUAAGAGAAGUCUCCCUGAGGUCUGAGAGGACCGCCGGUCAUGUGCGCUUGAGCCGCCCUGCGUGAUGCCCGAUCAUGACGGCGCCGCCCUCCUAACCAGGCAGACCAAGCGCCGGCGCGUCGACAUCGGGGUGAAGAGAACGGUGGGCAGCGCCGCGUACGCCCGUGCCCGCGAGAGCCCGCCGCCGGACGGGAUGAGCCAGGCGCACGGCCAGGAGCAGGACGGGGACGGCCCGCUGGUCGCCCACGGCGACGGGGAGAAGUCCAACGUCCUGCGGAAGCUGCUGAAGAGGGCCAACUCCUACGAGGACGCCAUCAUGCCCUUCCCCGGCGCCACCAUCAUCUCCCAGCUGCUGAAGGGCAACAUGGGGAAGAACGGCGGCAGUGACUCGGGCUUUCAGGGGAGCGGCGCGCUCUCCAGCGGCGGCUCGGAGAUCCAGGCGGAGGACGCCUGCAGCAACUCGUCGCGCGACCGGGACAGCCCGUCGGACUGCCUGUCUCCCGGCCCGCCCCUCCCCCCUCCGCUGCCGCCGUCCUCCUCGUCCUCCUCCUCCUUCGGCCGGCCGCCGCCACCGCCCACCCAGCCGCUCGCGCUGUCCUCCUUCGACCUGGACCGCCUGUCGGACGAGCACCUGCGGGCCAAGCGGGCCCGGGUGGAGAACAUCAUCCGCGGCAUGAGCCACUCGCCACUGGUCCGCCCCGGCGCCGGCGAGCACGGCCUAGACGGCGGUGGCGGCGGCGGCCGCGGCCGCGAGAACGACACCAACAACAGUGGCAACAAUGGCGAUCACGGACUGGGCUGCCCCUCCGGCCUCCUGAGCUCGCCGGGUUCGCGUGGCGCUGGCGAGGUUUACCGGGAGAACAAGAGGAAGCAGCGCCUGCCGCAGCAGCAGCACAGCUUCACGCAGCUGGUGUGUUCCCGGCAGGAGCAGCGGCAGGAGGAGCGGCGGCAGCUCAAGCUGCAGCUGGAGGACAUGCAGAAACAGCUGCGUCAGCUCCAGGAGAAGUUCUACCAGAUAUACGACUCGGAGACGGAGGAGGAGGAGGAGAACGGCGAGAACGGCGAGGCGGAGCGGGGCGGGGAGAGAGAGGAGGACGGGAACCUGUCGGAGGACAGCAUCCGCUCCGACGGGCUGGAGGAGCGGCACCGGGACCGGGACCGGGGACGGGGAAGGCGUGGCCACGAUGACCUGUCGGAGCUAGACCCAGGGCUGUUCCUGGACCGAGCCCGGGCCCUCCUCCGGGAGCAGGCGCUGAUCGACGGCGAACUGGAGGAAGACGUGGACAUCCGGGAGGAGGAGGACCGGAGCGGGGAGAGGGGGAUGAAGAGGAGGGGCGGAGGUGGAGGAGGAGGAGGAGGGAGGCAGCUGGCGGAGACUCUGAAGCAAGAGCUGAACUGCGCUGUGUCGCAGGUGGUCGACACGGUGGUGAAGGGCUUCUCCUCGCCGAAGCAGGGCGGCGGUCACCUCCACGGUGGCACGCCGGCCGCGCCCUCCUCCUCCUCCAACUCCUCGUCCUCGUGUCCGCCGCCCUUCGGCCCGCUGCCAUCGCUCACCCCCGACCCUCGCUUCGGCGGCGGCGGCGGCGGCUCCCUGGCGCUCGGCCUGAACGGCGACGGCAGCCCCACGCCCAGCUACCACUCGUCCGGCCAGCGGCUGCACUGCUUCGGGGACGUCCUCGUCCCCAGCCCGCUCGACUCCUUCGGGGGCCUGAGCGGUCGGCUGAGUGGCGUGCCCACGCCCAAUGACCAGACAGAGGCGCUGCCACUGGUGGUGCGCAAGAGCGGCGGCGGCGGUGCGGGUGAAGGCGCUAACCCGUCCCUCCCACCGCCGCCUCCGCCUCACCACCCUUCCCUCCACCCCUCGCCGCUCACGGCUUCGCUCGGCUUCAGCCCACCGUCUUUCCGCCACCCGUUCCCGCUCCCCCUCAUGGGCUACCCCUUCCAGAGCCCGCUGGGGUCGCACGGUGGCGGCGGCGCUGGUGGCUACCCCUCAGUUCCCAAGGACCACCAUCGGUCCUCUCCCGACUCCAUGGACAUCGCUCGGGAGACCGUCAGUCUCAGAACCAAAAUGGCGUCUCUGGGCGGCACCCACCUGGGCCACCACCACCACCACCACCACCACCACAGACAGAGCUCGCCAAGCCAGCACGGCGCCGAGGGCCUGUCACUGUCCCUCAUCAAGUCGGAGUGUGGCGACCUGCAGGACAUGGCCGACAUCUCGCCGUACUCGGGCAGCACCAUCCAGGAGGGCCUGUCUCCCAACCACCUGAAGAAAGCCAAGCUGAUGUUCUUCUACACGCGCUACCCAUCCUCCAACAUGCUCAAGAUGUUCUUCUCGGAUGUCAAGCAGUUCAAUCGGUGCAUCACCUCCCAGCUCAUCAAGUGGUUCAGCAACUUCCGCGAGUUCUACUACAUCCAGAUGGAGAAGUUCGCCCGGCAGGCCAUCAACGAGGGCGUGGCGGCCGCCGAGGAGCUGGCGGUGGGCCGCGACGCCGAGCUCUUCCGGGCGCUCAACAUGCACUACAACAAGGCCAACGACUUCGAGGUUCCCGACCGGUUCCUGGAGGUGGCCCAGGUGACCCUGCGCGAGUUCUUCAACGCCAUCGUGGCGGGGAAGGACGCCGACCCGUCCUGGAAGAAGGCCAUCUACAAGGUCAUCUGCAAGCUGGACAGCGAGGUCCCAGAGGUCUUCAAGUCCCCCAACUGCCUGCAGGAGCUGCUCCACGACUGACUAGGGCGCGGCGGGCGGCGGCGGCGGGGAAAGCCCCUCCCCCGGACCGUCAGGAGACUUUAGAGAGAACGCCACGGAGGCUUUUCCAAGAAAAGAC